ACAACAACACCUUAACGCAUCUUCACCAAUGGAACUUCAAAUGGAAUACUUAGCCGUGGACAAGCAAACUGAGAAGAAGAGGGCUCGUUGUUCUUCAGCUAAGGUCGAGAGGAAGAUCAUAGAGAAGAACAGGAGAAAUCAUAUGAAGAAUUUGUAUGCCAGCCUCAAUUCUUUACUUCCCCAUCGUAAUUCCAAGGAGCCAUUGUCACUUCCUGAUCAAAUAGAUGAAGCUGUGAACUACAUAACGAAGUUGAAGACAAGGAUGAAUGAAUCAAGAGAGAAAAAGGAAAGCUUAAUGAGCAGAAAGAGAUCUUAUACAUAUGCCGAUACUAUCACAAGUGAAACCACAGCAAGCUUGAAAUCUCCUGAAAUUAAGAUGAACGAAAAUGGGUCCGCCAUGGAAGUGGUUUUAACGACUGGGAAAGACAGUCAGUUCAUGUUUUAUGAGAUGAUUUACAUAAUUCAUCAACAUGGAGCUCAAGUACUAAACGCCAGCUUCUCUAUCCUAGGGAAUACAGUUUUCCACAUUGUUCAUGCUGAGAUUGGAGCAUUUGUUGGAGCACAAAUAAUAAAGGAUAAGCUGAAAAGGUUAGUGAAAGGAUCCAGCUGUGAAGAGGAACUUCAACAAGAGUUAUGGAACUACCAAAUCCAUCCUGAAACGUGGGAUUUGAACUAUGAAAUCUAUUCCGAAACCUGGGAUUUCCCAAUCAUGUUAGGAUCCACGUACAUGCCAUGAAAUUGGAAAACUUCUUAUCGUUAGGCAAUAAAAUCACAAGCUUAAUUAAAAAUUAAGAGAACAAAAGGGAUUGUAGCAGUGAAUUAGAUAGCAAGGAAGGAGCAGCCUUAAUGUUCUCGUUAUAACUGUAUAGCUAGCUAGCUCGGCUGCCUGCUGCUGUGGCUGCUGCUGCAUCAAAAUUUUGUUCUUGACUGUGUAAUAUAGAUCGUGGAAACUUUAAAUGGAUGCAAUGAUAUUGUCUUUGUUUUCCUUGGUCAGUUGAUGUAGUAUUGAUAGUGCAUGUAUCUUUGUCAGCCAUUUUCCAUUAAUAAAGCUUAUAAGCACUCUUCCAAAUUUUCCUAGUA